AUGAGAGGUACUGAGAAUACGGAUCUGUUCGACCCUAAAACCCAGAUGGAUUCUGAUUUCUCUCGUCAUAGUUCCUCCUCCGACGGCGAUUUUGGAUUCGCUUUUAACGACAGCAACUUCUCCGAUCGCUUGCUUCGGAUCGAGAUCAUGGGCGGACCCUCGGAUUCCAGGUCCGACGCUGAAGGGUGUACGAGCAUCGCCGAUUGGGCUCGCCAUCGGAAGAGGAGAAGAGAAGAUAUCAAAAAGGAAUCUGUCACGGUUUCAGUCAUUGUGGCAUGUGCUGAGGAGCAGAUUCUGACCGAUGAGCAACCUGAUAUGGAUGGAUGUCCCGGUGGUGACAAUCUAGAUGAUGAAGGUGAGGCAAUGGUUGAAGAGGCUUUGUCAGGUGAUGAAGAGGAUAUUACUAGUGAGCCAAACUGGGGAAUGGACUGUUCUAGAGUUGUUAGGGUUAAAGAACUUCAUAUUAGUUCUCCUAUCUUAGCUGCCAAAAGCCCUUUUUUUUACAAGUUGUUCUCCAAUGGAAUGAGGGAAUCUGAGCAGAGGCAUGUCACCCUUAGAAUUAAUGCAUCAGAGGAAGCUGCUUUGAUGGAGCUUUUGAACUUUAUGUAUAGCAAUGCCGUAUCUGUGGCCACAGCACCUGCUUUGUUAGAUGUGCUGAUGGCUGCUGAUAAAUUUGAGGUUGCCUCUUGCAUGAGGUACUGCAGUAGACUUCUCCGCAACAUGCCUAUGACUCCCGAGUCUGCGCUGCUCUAUCUCGAGCUUCCCUCUAGUGUUCUAAUGGCCAAAGCUGUUCAGCCUUUAACCGAUGCUGCAAAACAAUUCCUUGCUGUCCGCUACAAGGAUAUCACCAAGUUUCAGGAGGAGGUUUUGUCUCUACCCUUGGCGGGAAUUGAGGCGAUUUUAUCGAGCGACGAUCUCCAAAUUGCAUCAGAGGAUGCAGUUUAUGAUUUUAUCUUGAAAUGGGCAAGGGCGCAGUACCCUUUGUUGGAGGAGCGAAGAGAGAUUCUCGGGUCACGCCUUGCACUCUCUAUCCGCUUCCCUUUCAUGACAUGCCGAAAGCUGAAGAAGGUACUGACGUGCAGUGACUUCGAGCAUGAGAUAGCGUCAAAGCUUGUUCUGGAAGCUCUUUUCUUCAAGGCAGAAGCCCCACACAGGCAACGUAGCCUAGCAGCCGAAGAGUCAGCCUCUGUGAACCGCCGACUCAUAGAGAGGGCUUACAAAUACAGACCUGUAAAAGUCGUGGAGUUCGAGCUUCCUCGACCGCAGUGCGUGGUCUACCUAGACCUGAAAAGAGAAGAAUGCGCAGGAUUGUUCCCCUCGGGGAGAGUCUAUUCGCAGGCCUUUCACUUAGGCGGUCAAGGGUUUUUUCUCUCGGCGCACUGCAACAUGGACCAACAGAGCUCGUUCCACUGUUUCGGGCUGUUCCUAGGGAUGCAGGAGAAAGGGUCGGUGAGUUUCGGAGUGGACUAUGAAUUCUCGGCGAGGUCAAAGCCCUCGGAGGAUUUCAUAAGCAAAUACAAAGGGAACUACACAUUCACGGGAGGAAAAGCAGUUGGUUACAGAAACCUCUUUGGGAUUCCAUGGACGUCUUUCAUCGCAGAGGAUAGUCUUUACUUCAUCAAUGGAAUCCUCCAUCUCCGAGCUGAGCUUACCAUCAAAAGGUCUACAGAUCCUCAGUGA